ACCUCGUCCCUAAAUGUGACGCGCAUCAUAACCGUGCUCCCAGUACGUGGCUCAAAACGGCAUUAUUGUGCUUGGUAGUCACUUUCUCAGAUCGAUCCUCAAAAUGACGAAACACGAGUUUUUCGUGGAUAUGACAUGCGAAGGGUGUUCUGGGGCAGUGACACGAGUCCUCAACAAACUGGAUGUCAAAUUCGACAUUGACCUGCCCAAUAAGAAGGUUUUUAUCGAGUCUGACAAGGAUGCCGACCAGCUUUUGGAGACGCUGAAAAAGACCGGAAAGACCGUGACGUAUAUCGGCUCAAAAUGAAGUGCCUGCCCUCCUCGUCGGAUGAAGGAAACAGAUGGGGUUGAUCCUGUUGCCAUGAGAACCUGGAGAGCGCUGUUGGUGGAAGCUUCUUUUCCCAGUUCAGCUUGGGAGGGGUCCUGUCAAGCUGGAUAGCAAACAAAACUCUCUCUGUGCAAUAUGCUAUAUCGGUCCACUAGGGGGUGCCCCAUUCAGCUUUAUACUUUUUCCUUUCUAGAAACUGUUGUUCAAUCUGAAACUGAAAAUAUUGUUCAAUCGAAAACCCUAAUGAAUUUUACUUUCUUAUUACUUUCUGUUCUUCAUAUGAGAUUGGAAGCUGUGUGUUGGAAGUGUUUGCAAACCCACGUAUGUAUGAACUCUGAAUAUUGUACAAUUGCAAAAUUAAAUUGUGAUUGUACUA